AUGGAAACACCACCGUUUCUCUGUGAAGAACUCCUUCAAGAAAUCUUAUUAUUGCUUCCAGUGAAAUCUCUGGUGCGGUUCAAGUGUGUGUCUCAGUCAUGGAAGUCUAUCAUCUCCGAUUCUCAAUUCAUCAAACUCCACCUUCACCGAUCAUCUUCUAAAACAAAAAACACAGAUUUCGCCCACCUCCGCUUACUGUUAAAUUCGCCAUCGGAAAGCCGUUUAGCCACCACUGUAGCAAUCCCCGAUGAUUACAUCUUCAGUGGAACCUGUAACGGCUUGAUUUGUUUGUGUACGUAUUUAAAAUAUGGCCGUGAAAAUUUUAAAUACUUGUACCGUUUCUGGAACCCAGCUACAAGGGUAAUGUCUCAACAUUCGCCACCUCUACGUUUCACCAGCACCAGCAGCUGGAAUUAUGGGGUUGGUUAUGAUUGUUCAACUGACACCUACAAGGUGGUGGUGGCACUGUCUCACUUUGAGUCUGGGGAGAUAACGGUACAUGUUUACAACAUGGGCGAUACUUGUUGGAGAACAAUUCAAGAUUCCCAUCUUCCCUCUAUGCAUCCUAAAUGUGAUGCAGUUUAUGUGAAUAACACUCUUAAUUGGUUAGCAAUUCGACCAUAUGUUGAAGAUCGUGACCGGUGUACAAUUUUGUCAUUUGAUUUGGGGAAAGAAAGUUGUGCACAACUACCAUGGCCUUAUUGUUCUCAAAGUAGAUAUGAUUUCUACCGCACUAAGCCAACUCUUGGGGUUUUGAGAGAUUGCCUAUGUAUUUAUCAAGCCGAAAAUGAAAUACAUUUUGCGGUUUGGCAAAUGAAGGAGUUUGGAGUGCACAAGUCUUGGACUCGGUUGUUCAACAUUGCUGGCUAUCCAUAUGUUAUUAAAAAUAUUAUGCGCGGGCACUCUUUCGCAAUGUAUAUGUCUGAGAAUGGCGAUGCCUUGUUGUUGUCAAAAUUGGGUUGGUCCCAACUCCAAGCAGUUCUCUAUACCCAGAAAGACAAUAAAUUAGAAGUCACAAACGUUGCUAACUACAUCUUUGAUUGCUAUGCCAUGAAUUACAUUGAAAGCUUGGUUCCACCUUGUUGA